GAGCUGGAGGUCCCGUCCCUGGAGCGGGAGCAAACGCAGAGGAGGAAGGGAGAGAAGCGGAGGAUGCCAAAGGUGGUGGUGGUGGAGGAAGAGAUUGAUUCUCCGGUGAUAGCGUGAAAUUGGACUCCAGGGCAGAAGAAAGAAACGGGAGGAGGAGCUCGAUCGAUCUGAUUUCGUUUGGUCCAUGGCGCCGCCGGCCACCUCGCCCGGCGGCGGCGUCGCGUGUGCCGUGAUCCUGCUCUUGUUCCUCGCCAACGCAUGCGUCUCGGAUGCUGGUUUCGAGGGCAGUCGUGUUCUGCUGUCAGAGGAGCAUGGAAGAAGGGGAUUGCUGGCUACAUGGAGGCGAUUGAUCGUCGAGACACCGUUGCCGGCCGCCGGUGCUGCCGCUCCUCCACCGGUAAACAACUCUCUCGUCCUGGCCGCGGCGAGGACUCACCGGAGCGACCCCCUCGCCAACCUCACCAUGUACAGCGGCGGCUGGAACAUCAGUAAUCAGCAUUACUGGGCUUCCGUGGCAUACACUGCGGUUCCCCUCCUCCUCGUCGCCAUGCUGUGGUUCAUCUUCUUCGGCAUCGUCCUGAUCAUCAUCUCCUGCUGCUGCUGCUUCUGCCGGAACAAGAGCCACGCCUACUCGCCGGCGUCCUACUUCACCUCGCUGAUCCUCCUCAUAAUAUUCACCUUGGCCACAGUAGCCGGGUGUGUCAUACUGCAUUAUGGCCAGGAGCUAUUCCACAGUACCACGAUCAAAACCGUUGAUUACGUUGUCGGACAGGGUAAUCUGACGGUGGACAAUCUUAGGAACUUCUCGGGGAGCUUGGCUGCAGCCAAGAACAUUGGGGUGGGUCAGAUCUUCCUACCGGUUGAUGUGCAGCAGAGGAUCGAUGUCGUCGAGGAGAAGCUGAAUUCAUCUGCAAAUGUGUUCUCCACUCGCGCUCUGGAAAACUCCAAGAAGAUCAAGAAUGUGGUGAACAACAUGCAGUACAAUUUGAUGGUUAUUGGAGCUGUAAUGCUUGGCCUUUCAGUACUCGGAUUCCUCUUCUCCAUACUGGGCUUGCAGUUUCUUGUCUCCCUGCUGGUGGUCGCUGGAUGGGUCGUUCUCGCCUUCACGAUCAUGAUGUCUGCUACUUUCCUCCUCCUGCACAACGUCGUCGCCGACACGUGCGUGGCCAUGGACGAGUGGGUGACGCACCCGCAGGAUCACACGGCGCUGGACGACAUCCUCCCCUGCGUCGACGUCGCGACGGCGAGCGAGUCCACGAACCGGAGCAAGGAGGUGACGGCGCAGCUGGUGGCGCUCGUCAACAACGUCAUCGUCAACAUCUCGAACGGGGACUUCCCGCCGUCGAUCCGGCCGCUCUACUUCAACCAGUCCGGCCCGCUGAUGCCCAUGCUCUGCGACCCCUUCAACCCGGACAUGAGCGCACGGACCUGUGCCCCCGGCGAGGUCACCUUCGACACCGCGCCGGCGGAGUGGAAGAAGUUCGAGUGCCAGACCACCGGCCCGCCCGGGUCGGAGGUGUGCACGACGGAGGGGAGGGUGACGCCGACGGCGUACGGGCAGAUGACGGCGGCGGCGAGCAUCAGCCAGGGGCUGUACCAGUACGGCCCGUUCUUGAUGGACCUCCAGGACUGCACCUUCGUGCGGGAGACGUUCAUGGCGAUCAGCGACAACAACUGCCCGGGUCUCGAGUUGUACAGCCGGCACGUCUACCUCGGCCUGCUCCUCAUCUCCGGCGCCGUGAUGAUGUCCAUCGUCUUCUGGAUGGUGCACACGCGGCAGCGGCGGCGGCGCUCACUCAGCAAGUAGAUGUGAACGAUGCUACGGAGUACAUGGCAAUAUGGCAUGCCUGCCAUUGCCUGCUUCAUCAAUCUGAUCUUCCGGCUUGUAUAUGAUGUGAAUGAUGUCAAUAUUCAGUAU